AUGGCGCCCGAGGAUGCACCGUUCUCCGGCGCCUUCCGAGGACAGCAGGCCGACGCCGCUCGCGCCGCGGCCCUCCUCACCGCCAAGUCGGAGGCUUCAGCCACCCAGGAGCGGGUCCGUGUGGCUGCCCUCGCCUGGGAGCGCGAGCGCGCCACGGCCGCCGCCCUCGCUCUCCGGGUCGUCGAGGAGGAGCGCUACCUCCGCAUCUCCUCCGGCCAGCCUGUCGACCCUGAGCCCGGCACCUCCUCCUCCUUUCGGGCCCCGUCCGCUGGAUCUGGAGCCUGGUACGAUCCAACCGACCCCUCGGUCGCCCAGCUCCACCUCCAGGCUGCUGGUGUCCAGAACAUCAGGGCCCUGGUCUCCGUCCUCCUCGACCCCGCGUCCUCCUCCUACAGCCGCUGGCGGGACCAGGUCCUCCUCACCCUCCGCCGCUACGCUCUCGACGACCACGUCCUCGUCGACUCGCCGCUCGAGGCGCGGGACGUGACGUGGCUGCGUCUCGACAGUGUCGCCAUGUCCUGGAUCUUCGGGACCAUCUCUCUAGAUCUUCAGGACCUCGUCAGGACCCACGGCGGCACUGCGCGACAGGCUUGGGUGGCGCUCGAGGGGCAGUUCCUCGGCAACGCCGAGUACCGCGCCCUCCAGCUCGAUGCCACCUUCCGCACUUUCGUCCAGGGGGACCUCUCCAUCGGUGAGUACUGCCGGCGGAUGAAGAGCAUGGCUGAUGCUCUUCACGACCUCGGGGAUCCGGUGUCCGAUCGGGUCUUGGUGCUCAAUGUCCUACGGGACCUGAGCAGCACCUACGACCACCUGAAGUGCUGGAUCACCCGCCAGAGGCCCUUUCCCACCUUCCUGCAGGUCCGGGACGACCUCGCUCUUGAGGAGCUCACCAGGGGUCUUGCGCCCGGAUCCUCCUCACCCUCCGCCGCGCUUGUUACCGCUCCACCGUCCUCCUCCGCUGCUCCUGCCACCUCCCUCCUUGGGGCUGCUCCCGCCGGGCAGACCGGAGGAGGGGGGGGUCGUGGACGUCGCCGGCGACGGGGUGGUGGUGGUGGCACUGGUGGCCCUGCUCCUGGGGAUACCAGUACCGGUGGGGGCCGUCGGAGCGCGUCGACCUCGGCUUCUGCUCCUGCCCCUGCCCCUGGAGGAUUCGGUUUCCCGGCGUCCUCUUCUCCGAUGUGA